AUGCAUCCUGGUUUACCACCUUUUGAAUUUUGGAAAACUCCACCACCUUCAACUUUGAGGAUAUUUAUUUUUGAAGUUAUCAAUUCUUAUGAAUUUCUCAAAGGUGAUGAAGUACUGAAAUUCCGACAGAUUGGUCCAAUUGUGUACAGAGAAAAUAUUGUUCAUGAAAAUAUUACAUUUCAUCCGGAAAAUGAUACAAUGAGUUUCACAGCCGUUCGAACUGUGGAGUUUCUUGAGGAGGAAAAUGAGCCAGGAAUCCUCAAUAGGACAGUGAUUGUUCCGAAUCUCGCAGUGCUGGGGAUGGCUUCUAAAUUGCACGAUUCUUCAUUUAUUAUGAAGGCGGGCUACAAUAUGAUGCUAAGGCAAUCUAAAGACUCAGUCUUCCAAAACACAACAGUCUACAAUUAUUUGUGGAAUAUGGAUGGAAGUUUAAUGAAGUUGGGCGCAACACUUGUGCCCUUCAUGGUACCUAUAGACAAUAGCGGAGUACUACAUCAGAUGUACCAUUCCUUCUCGGACCGACAAAAUGUUAAGAUUGGAACAGCUCAUGGACAUGCGCACUUCUUUGAGAUGAACCUGUACAACAAUCGUCCUACAGUUCCUGGUUUCCGGCCAGAAAGAGGAGACUGUUAUGCUUCAAUUGAGAAUUCCACUGAAGGCGCGUUCUACCCUCAACGUCUCACGGAAAAAUCUGUGCUAAAUUAUUUUCGCAAAACCAUCUGCCGGCCAGGGUACCUCCACUACACUGAGGAUGUGACUGUGGAUGAGAUGAACGGAAAAAAAUACGUCCUACCUGGCAGCAGUUACGAUCGAACGCACCCUCUUGAGGAGGAUUGCUACCGCGGAGACGAUGGAUUUGAGUAUCCCGAUGGACUGAGUGAUGCAUCUAAAUGCUACUACGACUUCCCUAUUGUUGUAUCGAAUCCCCAUUUCUUAAAUCGCUCAGGCGAGUGGAUGAGGAAGAUUGAGGGAAUGCAGCCAAAUAAAGAAGAUCACGAGAGUUUCGUAAUACUUGAACCACUCUUGGGAGUACCACUGAAGGAAUGCGCAAGAUCACAGAGUAACAUCUUUAUCCACAAAUUAUCUGGUUUUUCCAACCCGGACCUUCAAAAAUUCAGCGACAUGGUCGUACCAAUGUUUUGGGGAGAUGUCUGCAUUCACCAAUUGCCGGCAUUAAUCAGAGCUUUCAUGAUUUUGGUGGUCGUUGUUGUACCAAUACUUCAGCCCAUUGGCUGCUUCUUGGCUUAUGGAUUUGGAUUAUUGAUGAUUUUGUAUGGUAUGAAGCAAUUGCACACAUCAAAUCCCUACAUGAGCAUCGCAAUUGGUCAACAAUGGAGAUAA